AACCGAGGCGGCCUGGCCGCUGUUCUCCCGCCGAGCCGCGGGCGGGUUGUUUCCCGCCGGACGAGGUGCGCGGGGCACGCGUCCGGCAGGCGCGGCGGUGCGGGGCAGUGCUAAGAAGGCAAUUUCAAAGGCAGUGAGGGAAUGGCCUUUGGAAGGACACAGAAGGAUUGGUACAAGAUCCUGGGAGCCAAACCAUCGGACAGUCUGGCAGAGCUGAAAAGGAAGUACCAAAAACUCGCCUUAUUAUAUCACCCAGACAAGCAGGAGGCAGAUGUGCCGGCAGGAGAAGUGGAGGAGCGCGUGCAGCGGUUCAUGGAAGUUGACCAAGCGUGGAAAAUUCUAGGGAACGAAGAGACAAAAAAAGAGUAUGACCUGCAGCAGCGUGCAGAUAACCUGACAAAAGAAUGGCCACUUUAUGAACAAGUUUACCUUGAGGACAUGUCCUGGAAUGAAGAUGAACAACUCUACACUCUCUCCUGUCGAUGUGGUGGGAAUUACAGUGUCUUCAAGAGUGAAACCAAAGAUGUGUCUCUGGUUUGUUGUGACACAUGUUCACUUGUUAUCGAGAUCCUUCAGUGAUUGUUUAAAUGAAGCUCAUUAACUGUUACAAACUUUUCUAAAGCCUGGACAAACAAGUGGCAGCAUCUGCUGAGGAAAUCUAUGUUAAAGAAAAGGGGGGCACUACAAGAACAAGGCUUAAAACUGUCAAGUGCCCCUUUGCUGACACAGACCUGCAGACAUGAAGGUUGGCUGGUUUUUCCUUCUGAAGCCAAAGAGCUCGUUACUAAACACCUCCAAAGCAGAACACCGAGUUGUUUAGCACUGGAAUGUAUCUCAUGAUCUAAACAAUGUUUCUUUUCCAGCAAACAACAAAGUAGAUCUUUCCAUUUCAGCCUCUAUCAGCUGUCCCUUGGGCCCUUCCUCUGAGGUUAAAUCCUUUCGGCAGCUCAGAUGACAAAACUCAAUCAGGAGGCAUAAAUGUGAGAAUGCUUUGAAGAUAAUGAAGAGCAAGGUGCAGGAAUGGGAAACAGGAACAUGUUCUAUUUAUAAGCUAAAUAUUUAACCUCAUUAAAUCCCCUCAAGGACUGAACCCAGGAAAGAGGGGCAGAGGCUCACACACGGAACAGGCUGGUUGUCCCAGUGCUGAGGAGCAGGUCCAGUGGCUCUGCAUCCACACCACCUUGUCAGCUUGGAGCAGAGCACACUUUGGAGUGAGUCUCUCCCUCAUCUGAACAAAUGGAACCAGGAAGUUGUGCUCUGACCCUACUGGACAUACAAUCCACUGGGCAGGGAAAACCCUACAAACCACCUGUGAGUGACCAGCAGAUCCAGAAUCCCCCUGGUGUUCAGUUCCAAUCCUGGCAUGCUGAUGUAGGGAGAGUCUGUGUGGGGCUCUGGCUGGGGGACAACACUGUGCCUUUUUCAUCCCUUGGUAAGUCAGUGCUAACCUUGGCUUGUAGUAAAAACCCAAAGCUUUCUAAUAAACACAAGCACUGACUGUGACUCACCAGGGAAAGCACGAAGCCUGUCAUUUUUGGUGAUGACAGCACUGUAUCAUUCCCACUUUCAAGUUAAGAUGUAAUCUCAGAAAGAGACAUCUCUGUCAAGUAAUAUCUGUGUUUAUUCUAAACAAAAAUAGUUCCAUCAAUUUUAGUAGAAAAUAUUAGGAAAACCGGCAAGAGUAACUUAAAUCCUUUAAUCGUCAAGAAAUCUGUGGCCGUUGGGGCUUGCACGGAGAAAUCCAAAGUCAUUCAGAGGCCAAAGCUGUAAAAUAAAAUACAAGAGAUUUUAAUCACA